AUGACUCGGAGCCGUUCAGUGACACAGCUAGGUACGCGCUUCAGCAUGGUGUUAAACAUAUGGUUAGAAAUGGCCGAUGAUGAGAGGACAAAAUCAUGCAGUCUUGAGAAUCUGGUGAAUAUGUAUGUCCUGGACGUUGAGCUUGUGUAUGCAAAGCUGCGCGUAAACAGUGCAAUACCCUCUGAAGAUAUCGUUUGUGUCAUGGAGCAAAAUGAAUUGAAGAAAUUGAAACCCCUCGAGACGUUAUUAUCUCUGUUAAGAAAGCAUAGCAGAUCACUUAAAAACCUUCCAAAGUGCAUUUUUCAAACACUAUUAAAUGAAGGCGGACCAGAGCUCUCUUUUGAGGCUUCGAAACUUUUGGUGACUAAGUAUUCUGACAUAUCAUACAUGGAAUACUUAAACAAGAACGAUCUCCACGGAGCUUGUUUAUCCACAUUUUCUUGUUCAUCUCAAGUGGCUUGUUUUGAUGUUUCACAUCGCUUAGGACUCAUGGUUUGUGAAUGUCUUGACGGCAUGAUUCAUCUGUGGUCACUNGACAUAUCAUACAUGGAAUACUUAAACAAGAACGAUCUCCACGGAGCUUGUUUAUCCACAUUUUCUUGUUCAUCUCAAGUGGCUUGUUUUGAUGUUUCACAUCGCUUAGGACUCAUGGUUUGUGAAUGUCUUGACGGCAUGAUUCAUCUGUGGUCACUCCAUACUGGCAACUUAAUAUGGAAGUGUCCUGUAGUAUUAGUAAAAAACUACGGCUACUCUUCCGAGGCUUUAAGAUGGUGGCCAUCUUUGCAGUCACCAUAUUUUUCUUGCUCAAAUUUGUCUGACUACAGUGCAGUAUCCUUGUCUUGUUUUCGUUCUGUUGUUUUUCAUCCUACUAAGGAUGUCAUCUUACCAGGAGUACUUUGCUAUGCAUACAAUUUUGAAGGGGACCUGAAUCCUCUUUUUCCUGAAAGCAAGUGUAUUUUCACUGCUUGUUCUAUUUCUGGCAAUACAAUUAUCACUGACUGUCCUCCAGAUGCGAAAUGCCUCACCUUAUGGAGUUUAGAGAAUGGAUGGGAGAUGAGUCGUGUCGUCAGAAACGAAGAUAUUUUGUCUUUUGCGAGGUCUCAAGAUGGAAGGCUACUUGCAAUUUCCCAUUCAACGGGCUUAGUUUGUUUGCUAGAUGUAAUGAAUGGUUUUCAAAUGCUAGCCGAAACGUUCACCUCGUACGUUUGUGGUAUCAUGAAGUUUGCACCCGACUGUCGAUCACUUUUCUGUUGGCAUUUUCCACCAAGUACCGUUUUACAUCACCUUUUCUGUGUAAAAGUCAAUGUAGGAAACGAUGGCAACUUUUCCCUUGAUGUUUCUCGUGACACUGUUUCUUAUAGGCCUUGGGAACAUGAGUCUUGUAGCGAAAGUGGUUUUACAUUGGGAGACUCUCUAGAUUGUGUGGUUGGAAGUGCGUCUGAUGGCAUACGCGUCAUUAACUAUUCAUUUGUGUUUAUGCUGAAUAAAGAUUUCGUUUUAAGAAGUAAUCCUCGAAGCCAUUUUGUUAACAUGUUGUCCGUAGAUGAGCUCUCUAGAGGCGGUGAUGCUGGUAAAAUUGUUGAGAACCUGGUAUUUUCUCCUGAUGGCGAGACCCUUUAUAUUAUGGACAGCGAAAGUGAUGGCACGCGGAUUUCAGCUUGGGACGUUUCAAGUGGGGUAUUUAAAGCAGAUACAAAGAUUCUUAGUAACAUUUCUAGAGGAUGUUGUGUCGUACCUGUUGACGUUGGUAUCCUGUUAACAACAAGAAAUGGCAGUGUGGAGUUGUGGAAUUGUUAUUUUUCUGAGUGCUUAAGACGCUGGGAUGACGUCAAGGGAAUGCACGUGACAAAACUGAUUCCAGUUUCAGAUAAGCACGUGGUAUGUACAGGACAUAGAUGCGAUGGCGUUUGUAUUAUUCUGGAUAUCACAAAUGGAGAAAAAGAAGAAAUUAAAGCAAAAAGGAAUCGUUACGGUUUUUGGGGCUCAGUUCUUGCAUGUAGCAGCAAACGUCAGCUUAUAACCAUAGAUGACCGUCUCUUAAGCUCAGGUUAUUCCGUCUCUUGGGAGAAAAAGUGGUCUCGCAGUAAUACUCAAGCAGAAUUCGACCUUCCAGCGCUGUUUUCUCCUUCGGAAGAGUUUCUCGUUAUUUCCGAAGAAGUUGCAGGUCACCAGCAAGGCGUCUUCGUUCGUAGUCUUUUCGAUCAUCCACAAGGCGUCUACGUCCUUGAUGCAUCGUCAGGAAACACGCUUCGAGAACUAUGUGUAGUAGAACGAGUCUAUGAUUGCAAAUUUUUAAGCGACGAGGAAUGUGUUUUGCAUACUUACGACCGGUUAAAUGGUUUCGGUCUUCUACUGUACAACAUCAGGUCAGGAAAUCUGUUAAGUGUAAUUGACAUUGACCUGUAUAAUCAAGUGUAUUGUUUGGCAAGUCACCCUUGGAAAUGUCUCAUCGCUAUUGGCCUCAAGCAUUCCAGACACAAGUUCAAAGUUAUCCAGGUGAAGCUGCGAAGCCAAAAUAAGGACGAAAGGAAGAGCAACAGGUCAGUCCUAAACUAA